UUUGGCAUCGCGGUUCGUUAUCAUAUAAAAAUAGCUAAGCCUUAUAUGCUUUUACUUUCAUCUCUCGCAAGUAGCGACAAUCAAUCCUUAAAUUGAAUGGUCCAAAGGAGUGCAACUUUAGGACCAUUCAGAGAUUUUUUAAAUUUUUUUUAUGAAAAGCUAAUUAUGCAUUGCCAUAUUUAUUAUCUCAAAAAUUAGCAUUUUCCAAUAUAAUCUCUUCCUGAACGUAAUGGAAGGCAAUCUUCACGCUUCUCCAUCCCACCAAAUCCGUAAUUACGGUUGAACGGCAGUGCAUGGUCAAAGGGGUUCAUCCAAUGACAAGGCGCCACGUGUCUGUUCAGGAAAGGCCUAAGGAUCACCGGCCAAAUCCUAUCUUGCCACGUGUCCUGCUCCCCCUCUAUUUUGCUCCCCCGGCUACCAAUUGGAGCUCUUUAUAAAGUGGCUGCUUGAAGUUCUGUUCAGAAUAUCAAAGGAGAGUUUGAUUCUGAUAUUGAUCAGAGAAAAAUGGCUUACAAAGCAGCUGGCUAUUGGAGAUCGAUGCUGAGCCGAGCGGGAGCGAACCACAGGUCGUUCGCGACCGCCACCAAGCCCAAGAUGUUCGCCACGACGGCCAAUGCUGCGCAUGCCGGUCACCACCACGAGAGGAGCUCGAUGAUGAAGGGCGAGUUUGCACCGCUGGGGAUGGUGAUGGCCAUGGUGCUGGUGGCAGCGACGAUAGGGACGCACACGGCCAAGCAGCAGCUGGCGCACUCCCCCGGGGUGAAGGUGAGCAAGAAGAAGCGGGAGACGGUGCCGGAAGUGGAGGACCCGGAAGCCGUGAUCCGCUCGGCCGACAAGUUCCUCAACAAGUCCUUCCUGAGGAAGGUGGCUCACAUCCAGGAGGACGCCCGAACAUUGCCCGACACCAGCCGCGCCAACCCUUACACCAAGGCUCGGGACGCGGAGACGCUGAAGAUGGCGGGGGUGAAUCCGGCACGCCGUUGAAGGACAGGACCAUCCCAGUCUGAUCUUGUAUAUGGAAAGCAAUCUUGUCAUUUAUCUCUAUAUUGUCUGCCUAGGGUUUCAGUCCUUUGGACAGUCCUUUCGUAAAAGGUUGUCCUCCGGUGGCUUCAGAUAUUGUUGUGAUUUUUGAAAUAAAAAGCGUGGCUAAUUAUUUUUAGUAAU